AUGUCAGAUCAAAUUCAACAAGCUUUAACAUCAGCAGCCAAAAUAAAAGAAAUACGUUUAGUUAAAAAUGCAUGGUCAGGAGAAUCGAAAGGUUGUGGAUAUGCUGACUUUGAAAAUAAACAUGAUUCUCAACAAGUAUUAAAAUUAGUAGCUAUCAAUCCACUACAAAAACAACAAAAGGCAUCAUCAGUCAGCGCUUCGCUGUCAUUAGGCGCUUCGGAGAAAUCAUCAGGGCCAAGAGGAAAAGGUCCUUCACAAAUCGCAUUAAUACCAAGAAAAUUAACAACUAAAACAACAAUGACAACAGUAAAUCCACACGCAAACAAUGUCAUCACUGGCAUCGCUACUACUACUGUAUUCACAUUGAAAAAUGAUGAUUUUAGGAAAAUAUUUAUUAAAAAAUAA